GCUCCCUCUCUCUGCACGCAAGAAGAGUUUAGAAACCGCCAAAUAAUUUAAUGAAAGAAGAGGAAAGCUAACUUUAACAUCUUCUCCUCCUUGAUCAUGGCCGCUCCUAAUCUUUUCUUGGAAAUUUGGUUAGUGGAUUAAUCAGUUUAAUCAAAAGGUAAUUGAAGAUUAAACUAGGGUAAUUGAACUAGCAAUGCCGAUCCGGCAUAUGCUUACGUCGACUCGUUGUUGCACUUUCCUUUUCUGCUGGAUUUUCCUCAGCUGGUUUCCGGGAUUUCUAUUUUCAUCAGUAGUGACACUCGAUUCUAUUCAGAUUUUUACAACACACGAGUGGUUUAAAUCAAAACCAACAGUUUAUUUUCAAUGUAAAGGAGAGAACAAGACGGUCUUACCCGACGUUAAGGAACCUGAUGUAUUGUAUAAUUUCAGAGGUGAAGAAUCUUGGCAGCCUCUUACAGAUCUUCCCAGCACAAAGUGCAAGCGAUGUGGAUUCUACGAGGAAGACACCCUUAAAUCCGAUGACAUAUUUGAUGAGUGGGAAUUUUGUUCUUCUGAUUUUAUGACCAAUGGAAAAUAUUUGCACUUCAAGGAAAAGGAAUUAAAUGUUUCCUUUCGAUGUCCUGAAUGCAAACCAAAUCCAGCUGCCUCCAAUGCAAUAUCGCCACACCACAACAAAGAAAAGGGAAUGAAUGUCGCUCUUGUAAUAGGAAUCAGUGUUAUGGUCUCAACUGUGGUGAUUAUUGCAGUUGCAGUGGGAUAUAAGUACUGGCAAAGAAGGAAGAGGCAGCAAGAUCAGGCCCGGUUUCUGAAACUGUUUGAAGAUGGUGAUGACAUUGAGGAUGAAUUGGGCCUUGGAACUGUAAUAUGAUGACUGAUGAUGGUAACUUGAUUACCUCUUGUACAGUAAGUUGAUCUUACAUAAAAUUCUACUACUGAGGAAAAAGAAAAUGGAAAAUGUUUUUGUUAUGUGCAAAAGUUUAAAUUCCAUAUGAAGAACCAUGUGUUCUGAGGUGUAUAGUGCGAAUCACUUAAGUGUCAGUCUCCUUGAUGUCCAGGUUUAUUGAUCAAUAGAAUCGUAGUGCAUAUUUCUUGAAUAAGAUCUGCGUGAAACAGAUUAUUGUGUUGAAAGUAGGCAAAAAUUUACCAAAUCAAAGAAAUUAGCAAAAAAUGUGUGUUUUAGAUUUAUUGAUCUAGAGAUCGGCAAUUCUUUGAAAGAUGAACACUGGAGUUACACAGACAUAUACUUCACUAACUAACCAUCACUGUCUGUUUGAUUGUGAAGUAAACAAGGCCAAUAGCCAAAAAUAGAUUCGCAAAGUGUUCCAUCUAUUCUAUGAUUGUAUGUAGGUUCAAGAUCUUGCCUGAAAUAGUUGUGAGGAUCUUCCUGUUCACCAUCUCUGGACCAUAACCCACAGCCAGACCAAGGAUUAUAAUCAUAAUCAGCCCGGUUAUCAGCAUAUCCACUGUAACUGAUAUUACUAUCACACUCUUCUUCACUUUGGAGAGAAUCUUGUAAUUCUUCCAAACCAUUAUCGUAUGUGUUAUCUUUGUCGUCAUCAUUGUCAUUGAAGAAGAAAUUAUCUCCCCAGCAACAAUCAAAACGAGAGUCACGCUCAGCUUUCCAGUCCUCCCAACCACUUAAUGGAGGCUCUACAUAUUCACAUCCUACUUCUUGCCCAUGAAAGUUGAAGCCAGAAAUAGUAUCGAAUAGCAAAGGGGCUUCUCGAUAAGCAUGUUGAACAUCAUCAAUCCAAUCAAGAAUACAUGGAUGAUUGUGAACUGUCUGCAUUUCUCGCAUCUCGGAAGAGUAGUAAGUCAUUGAUAGAUGCAGAUAGCUUCAAUACUUGUUCUG